UAUUCACGAGUACGGCAAUAAGACAUCUCAUUUUCGUCACUCCCAUAGUUACUUUAUUUCAAGAGAAACGAAAAAAAAAAAAAAAAACAAAAAAGCAAACAGACCAACAAACAACCCUUAUUUAAUAUUUACCUUCCUCACCACGCAUAUAAAACAAUUCCACUUUCUUCAUCUUAAACCCCAUAAUAAACCCAUCACCAACUCAAAGAUUUACAAGUCAAGUGCCAUCACGCGCCGCCUUCUAAUCCCAAAAGCCAUCAAUGGUGGAUCUCCGGCGAAGACCCCGAUUCCUCCUUGUCGCCUUUCCGGUACAAGGCCACAUAAAUCCAGGCCUUCACUUUGCAAAGCGAAUUAUAUCUAUCGGAGCACAUGUCACCUUCGUCACCGCUCUCUCUGCUCACCGCCGCAUGUCCACCGGAGGUUCAACAACGGUUCCUGGACUGUCUUUCGCACCCUUUUCCGAUGGCUACGAAGACGGGUUUAAACCUGGUGUCGAUAGGGAACACUACCUGUCGGAGAUCAGCCGUUGUGGUUCCAAACAUCUCUCCGAUCUCAUCCUUUCAGGGGCCGGCGACGGCCAACCAUUCACCGGUUUAGUCUCUACCAUCUUCAUGCCAUGGGCAUUGGAGGUUGCCCAUGAACUUCAACUCCCUUCGGCUCUUCUCUGGGUUCAACCAGCAGCUGUAUUCGACCUAUUCUUCUACUUCUUCCAUGGCUAUGGCGAUCUGAUCAAGAACAAUAGUAAUAACCCUUCAUGUUCGAUAGAAUUACCAGGACUGCCACUGAAGUUCACUGGCCCUGAACUUCCUUCCUUCUUGCAUGCUUCUAACACAGACAUUUUGGGUCUAAAAAUAUUCGAAAACCAGUUCGAAUUGCUUGAUAAAGAAAAAAACCCAAAAGUGCUUGUGAACACCUUCGAUGGUUUAGAGACAGAGGCUUUAAGAUCAAUCAGAAAGUUCAAUUUGAUCGGAAUCGGACCGUUGAAUAUUCCUUCUGAUACUUCAUUUGGAGGUGAUCCUUUCCAAAUCUCAGAGGAUUAUAAAGAAUGGCUGGAUUCAAAGCCGAAAAGAUCAGUGAUUUAUGUGUCUUUUGGGAGUAUCUGUGUUCUGUCAAAUCCACAAAUGGAGGAAAUUGGAAGAGCUUUGUUGGAUUUUGGCUCUCCAUUUUUGUGGGUUAUGAGAAGGAAACAAAAAGUACAGGAAAAUGGCAAAGAAAAAGAGGAAGAGGAAGUCAGCUGCAGAGAGGAAUUGGAGAAGCUUGGGAAAAUAGUUCCAUGGUGUUCUCAGCUGGACGUUUUAUCAAACACUUCAUUGGGUUGCUUCGUGACACAUUGUGGAUGGAAUUCCACAUUGGAGAGCUUGGUUUGUGGGGUUCCAAUGGUGGCUUUCCCACAGAGAGUAGAGCAAGGAACAAAUGCUAUGCUGGUGGAAGAUGUUUGGAAAACGGGGUUGAGAGUGAAGGCAAAUAAGGAAGGGAUUGUUGAAAGACAUGAGAUUAAGAGGUGCUUGGAAUUGGUUAUGGAAGAUGAAGAAAUUGGGGAAAAAAUUACCAGGAAUGCUAAGAAAUGGAAGGAUUUGGGUAGAGAAGCUGCCAUGGAAGGUGGUUCUUCUGAUAAGAAUUUAAAGGCUUUUUUGAAGAUGAUUCAAGAGAAGGUAUAACCCUUUUUUUUUUUUUUUUUUUUUUUUUUUUGGUUGGGGAAUUGAAUGG